AUGCCCUCCUCCAACCAAUCCUUUCCCACCACCCGCCUCGCCACAAUCCCUGUCUCCGCCUCCCCAAUUCACGCUCUGACAUACUCCUCCGGCGCCGGCCAAUACCUUCUAACCGGCUCAUCCGACCGCUUGAUCCGUCUCUACAACCCCGCCUCCCGCUCCACCUCCGCCAUCCAGACCUACAGUGCGCACGGCUACCCCGUCCUCGACCUCUGCGUAUCAGAAGACAACUCCCGCUUCGCCUCGGUAGGCGGGGACAAAACGGUCUUCUACUGGGACGUCGCGACAGCCGUCACGGUCCGGCGUUUCCUCGGGCACUCCGCACGGGUGGAAAGUUGCGCUUUCGGAGGCGAGGGAGAUGGAGUGCUACUCACGGGCGGCCUGGACGGGACGGUGAAAGUAUGGGACUUGAAAGGCAGGGACUCGCGACCUGUGAUGACGUUGAGCGACGCGGGGGAUGCGGUGGGAUGUAUCGCUGUGCGAGGAGGGGAGGUGUUUGUCGGGAGUGUGGACGGACGGGUUAGGGUGUAUGAUCUCGCGGCGGGGGAGGCGGUGGUGGAUUGUGUGGCUCCUGGAGUGGGGGUGACGAGUUUGAGUGUUAUGAGGGAUGGAGAGGGGUAUCUUGCUGGUACGCUGGGGAGUGAGCUGCGGUUGAUGGAUCGCAGGAGUGGGGGGUUACUCCAGAGGUUUGGAGGGGAGGGGUUUGUGAAUCGGGAGUUGAGGUGUCGGAGUUGUUUGGCGGGUGGGGAUGGGAGGGUGGUGAGUGGGAGUGAGGACGGGAGUGUGUGGGUUUGGGAUGUGGGGAGUGGGGAGGUGGUGGAGAGGGUUUGGCAUAAAGAUGGGGGAGGUGCUGGUGGUGGGGUUGGGAAGAGUGCGAGUAAGGAUGUGGUGAGUGUGGUGGCGUGGAAUCCGGUGAGGAGACAGUGGGCGAGUGCGGGUGGGGAUGGGAAUGUGGUGGUUUGGGGAGCGAGGGAGUGA